AUGCCGCGGAAAUCCACGGUCUCCGUCGAGGGAGGCAGCCAUGGUGAAGAACAAAAUACAUUGGGGGAGGGUUCAAGAGCAACCGUGCCUAGAUCAGAUCCCAUUGACACAGGCGUGAAUGUUGAGGACUACCUUCUACCGAGAACCCUUACACAGCGACUGGCCAAGGGUGUUUUGCCUCCAAAUACUUCAAUACAGAAAGAUGCGCUGUUAGCGAUAACCAAGGCGGCCACCGUAUUCGUCUCAUAUCUCUCAUCACACGCAAACGAGGAAACCUCUAAGAAAACCGUAACCCCGCAAGACGUCUUCGCAGCCCUUUCUGAGAUAGAGUUCGACGCCUUCGUCCCACGCCUCCAGCGCGAACUUGCUGUUUAUACCGAAGCCAACGCGCAGAAACGGACUGGGAAGAAGGAUCGCAAGGCUAGCAGCGGCGCAGCAGGGGCGACUGCUGUUUCUGAGAGUGGGGAAGGAACAAAGAGUCCCGCUGCAGAUGAGCAUGGCGAGCAGGGUGGUGAACCGGAUGCCAAGCGGGUGAAGAGGAACGGAGAGAGGAGUGAGGUUGCUGUUGGGAGAACGAGGAUGGAGGGUGGUGGUGGGAAGGGGAUGGAGAGUCAGGCUGCAGAGGAUGAUGGUGAUGAGACUGAGGAGAUGGAAGAGGAGGAUGGGCCAGAUGAGGAGGAGGUGUUGGAUGAUGAGGAGGAGGAGGAAGAGGAGGAGGAAGAGGAGACUACGCAGCUUAGUGGACGGGACGAGGAUGAGGUGGAUAUUUAUGAUGAUGGGAGCGAUACGGCUAGGAGGAGGGGAGGGAUGCAUCCAGAUCUGGAUUCGGGGCUUGAAAGUGAUAGUGAUGAGCUGUGA